AUGGCUACUCAGCUGGCAUUUACAAUCUCUCUGGAUCACAACCUCUUUGGAAUUAUCCACACGGAUUACCAAACCAUUCAUUACCUUACUCUAUCUAUCUAUCUAUCUAUCUAUCUAUCUAUCUAUCUAUCUAUCUAUCUAUGUGAUACCCACCGGUGGUCGCGGUCGCAGCGCCAAUAUUAUCUCUCUCUCUCUCUCUCUCUCUCUCUCUCUCUUUGCCUGUAUGUAACAUUCAUUUUUUAUCACUCCCAUCAUCUGUAUGUUUCUCUUUGUUUCGCAGUUAUUCUCUCUGUCUAUUUAAAAAAAAAAAAAAAAAAAGAAGAGAGGGUCUGGUUACCGCAAAUAUGUAUGCUCGCUUCCUCUUUUCCACAAUUAAGUCCUACUACGUGUGACACGAUUCAGACGAACAAAACUGCAUAUCUCAGCGUGAAUCAUUUCCCUUUUAAGUCAUGUGAAUGA